AUGCUCUCAACCGGCUACAAUAGUCCCGAUGAUGGAGAGAUAGGAGGCGAAUUUGAGGAAGAUCCCGCAAUGUGGUCAAGCUUCACAGAAAUGCUUUCAUCGGGCGAUGCGAGUACUUUGGCACUCGAAGGUGAAGCCACACCCGCAAAUCUACUCAAUGUCCCUCGUAAUUCGAUCAGUGUUCACAAUCAGAACUCAGUUUCUUCAUUUAAUUCGGUUUUGGCGGGACCGAGUCGAAAAACGACCGAUCGUUCAACUAUUGACAGUCCAACAGAAUUUGCAAAAACAUUGUCAGAAAAGUUGGCCGGCCCAUGGAUCGAGCACGCCUUUCAGAAAUUGGAAUGCUCUCGUUUCAUUCCAACAGAAAGCGCUGGUGACAGAUGUGGUUGUGGGCGUUUGGUUACCGGUCAUUCACAAGCGGCUCUCACCGGUAUCACCAACACGAGUCCCCUAGCAGCACUCUUUGCUUCGACAACACAAUCCCGUCUUCCUCCACAACCUCCACCCGGUUCAUGGAGUAUCACUGAGAAUACAUGCGCUGCAAAAACGGAUGCUUUUGGCACAAUUGUCUUCCAGGGUGGUGCUCAUGCUCAUAAAGCGCAGUAUGUGCGCUUGGCCUAUGACAGUGAUCCCGAAGAAGUGUGCUAUUUGUUGGAAAAGGUCUGGGUCCUUCCACCACCACGUCUUGUUAUCUCCGUUCACGGUGGAAUGGGGAAUUUUGAAAUUCAAGAAAAAUUGGGCCGUCUCUUUCGUGAGGGGUUGCUGAAAGCCGCCCAAACAACUGGUGCCUGGAUUCUCACAUAUGGAACCGAUAGUGGAGUAGUGAGACAUGUGGCCAAAGCAUUGGACGAAGCGGGAAUAUCUGCCAGAAUGAGAUCUCGCAUUGUAAUCAUCGGAAUUGUUGCAUGGGGAGCACUUCGUCGAAAGGAACGUCUUGUAGGCAAAGAGAUCACCGUUCUCUAUGAUCAACACACUUUUCACUCAAAAACGGGUUGGGGUGUACUGAAUGACCGUCACUCAUAUUUCCUUCUUGUCGACAAUGGAACAAGUGGAAGACAUGGAGCUGAAGUUGCAUUGAGACGAAAACUUGAGGAACAUUUAGCCGAUACAAAUCUUCAACAUGGAUAUAGAAAAGUGCCGCUUGUCUGUACGGUUCUUGAGGGUGGCACUCACACGAUUUCCGCCGUUCAUCACUAUUUGACUGGAAUUCCGGGUGUUCCGGUUAUUGUUUGUGAUGGAUCGGGAAGAGCGGCCGAUCUUCUCGCUUUUGCCAAAAGGAAUAUUGAAAGUGAUGGGCAACUCUCGGCGGAGGCUCGCGUCCAAUUAGAAUCAAUGGUCAUUUCUGUUCUUGCCUCUUCAUCGAUUUCUCCAUUUCAUCUUAUCGAAUUGAUCGAACAAUGUGUUCGUCAUGAUCAACUCUUAACCGUUUUCCGUUAUGGCGAGAACAAAGAUGAAGAUGUGGAUCACGCUAUUUUGACGGCUAUUUUAAAAAGACAAAACCUUUCACUACCCGAUCAGCUAGCCCUAGCUCUUGCAUGGAAUCGUGUCGAUGUUGCGAAAGCAUGCCUUGCAUCAUCCGGAAGAGCAUGGCCAGCACAAUGUCUUCAUCAAGCAAUGACUGAUGCAUUGAGACUUAAUAGAGUUGAAUUUGUUGAAUGUUUGCUCGAAAAUGGAGUUUCAAUGAAAUCCUUUCUCACAAUCGAACGCCUUGAACAGUUGUAUAAUCUGGAUGAAGACAGUAUGCAUUCUGUCCGUUUAUUGGAUCCCGAAGACAAUGGGGAAACAGUCCGUUAUCUAACUUUGCCUGAUAUUGAGCAAGUAAAGAGAAUCGGC